AUGGCGGACGUCUCUGCUGAUCUGAGCGGUUUUUCUUUUGAGUCUGGACUAACUGAGGAUGAAAAAGAGUUACUUUACCUUCGUGCACGCUCAGCUGGAUUGACGUUUUGCGGGUGCGCGCACGCAGUAUUCCUGUGUAAAUUGGUCCACUCACUGAGAUGUUUCAUCAAAAGUCACACUGAAAACAGAGACUCGGGGGCAUCAGGAGGAGACAGUGACCUCUGCGUUGGGAUACUCGGGAUGGGUCACCUGGGGAAACAGUUGCUCCUCUCCCUCGCAGAGAAGUCAGGCAUCAAACCAUCACAUAUUAAGAUCUCCAGUAGAAGACCAGAAUCUGCAGCUAAAUUCCUCCAGACAGGAUUUGAAUGUUUCUUUGACAAUCGCAGACUGGCAGCAUGGGCAGACGUCCUGUUCCUCUGCUGUCUGCCCUCUCACCUCCCAAAGGUCUGCGCCGAUCUCCACUCUCACCUGCCAAAGCGUUGCCUUGUGUACAGCUUCACCUCUGGUGUACCCAUCACCAGAUUGGCACAGCUUCUUGGACACGACUUCAUUCUUAAACCACAGUAUGACUUUGUAGCUUGUGACCGGGCAGAUUCGUGGCUGUCCUGCACUCACCUGACUGCAGCUUUGACGAAUCCUUUGCUGAUUGAGGCAUCAAGUCCUCUUGCAAUGAGCGGUGGCAUUUCUCUGGGUCGAAACUGGGUGUGUGCAGUGUUGUACAGCCUGCUAAAUAUCUGCACCUCCACCAGUAUGGGAUCCAGUGAUGCUCUCUCUCUUAUUAACAGCAUCCUUAAAGAAAACAGGCCGCACACUGUGGACUUAAAUGCUCACAGUUUCAUCAGUGCAUCAUAUGCCUCUUGCCUUCUUUCAGAGGAGCCUUUUCCCUGGAUUUCUCUCACUGAUGCCCAGACCAAGGAGACACCACUGCUGUGCUUUCUGUCAAACACCAAACCUCUGCAAGAGAGCAUCUCUGCAGCGUACAAAUCACUGCUGGAGACACCAGCAAAACUGGACGGUUACUCUCUAUUUUAA